CAUCAUCGGAACGCAAACCCAAGUGACUACCAGAAUUCGGAGAUGAUCGGCAGAAGGGGGAUGUUCAUCAUGUUGAUCGAUAUCAUGACGGCUAUCGAAAUAUUAGGAGAAAACAGCGGAAGUUACGAUGGGAAUCUCGUGUUACAGAAACUGGGGAUAGCGCGAACGAUAAGCGGAUCAUAUGAUGUUAGGGUGAGUGUAAAUUUGGAAGAAUUACUAACAAUUAUGGAUAGAACUAGACAGGGGGUACAGUCCCUGGUGGAGGACUGCAAAGCUGCACCAAGAACGAUAGAUCCUAACCGGUGCAGGGAUUUAAUUAAAAUGCUUGAGGAAGAUAGCAAAGAAAUAUACGACCUCGGAGAAAUGAUAAGGAGAUCGCCGAGGGGAAGGAAACGCCGAAGCGUGUGGAACGCGAUAGGGCUAAUGGACUCCGAAGAUAGGAGAAGAAUGGAUAUGGAUAUAGAUAGGCUAAGAGGCAAUGAGGAAAAAAUAAAAGAGCUAACGUAUCAACAAACUGCAGCCGUCGAUUCAAUUUAUAACUUGGUGAAUGAGUCAGUGCAUCAGAUAGAUCUGAAGGCUAUUGAAACAUAUCGGAAAGACGAAGAAAUGAAAAACGAGGUUCUCAGGGACAUGAACCAAACAGAAUCAACAAGAGACUUAUUGUUGAUGGAAAUGACAGAAAUAAGAAAAGUAGUGGAAUGGCGAAACAUCACCCACCUAAAGAAAAGCAUGCGAAACCACCAUCGAAACGUACCAACGUCAGCUGGACAGUUCCUGGGUAAUCCCAUCCUCCGGUUACGACCGGCUACCAGCUGGAGGCUGGAACUCCCAGAGUUGCUGUGA